AUGCAGGCGGCUCGCUUCGCCGGAGGAUCCGUCCCCUUCGCGGGACGGACGCGCCGCGAGUUCUGCGCGAGUCACCGCCGUGCUCUUCGCUCGUUCGCGACGUCCCCCCGCGCGGACAUCGCGGGCCUCACCCUCAGAAGAGGCAACGAAGGCGAUGCCAACACCAUCAGGCUCGCCAUCUUACGCGAAAAGAUGAACCCCUUGGGUCUCGACCCGAGGCGGUUCGUGGUGGCGGAGGAGGACGGGAGGGUCGUGGGUUUCGGGCAGCUCAAGCCCUGGGAGACCCUGAGCAACAGGCCAAAGGGAGAUUUCGUCGGGAACGUCGUUCGCAUGCUCAACCUGCAGCCUAACUGGCGGGGCCAGCUCCUCGAAUUGGCCUCUCUCGUGGUCAUGCCCGAGCAUCGCGGCAGAGGGGUCGGGACCGCGCUGCUGAACCGACUCAUCGAGGAUUCGAUCAACGCGAAGGACCCGGAGACCCUGUUGAAGCAGGAGACGACCGUGUGUCUGCUCACGCUCAAGUCCACCGUCGGUUUCUACGAGCGCGCGGGGUUCAGCGUCAUCACCAGCGAGCAGUACGUCCCGCGACCAUUGCAGGCUGAGCUGGCGGCUGGCAAGGUGGUCGCGGCCGUGGUGGCUGACGACGAGUGCGUCGCAAUGAAGCUCGAGUCGCUGGACAUCGAGGAGAUGUAG